AUGGUAGACCAGUCAACGAUCCCCUUAGCUGAUCAAAGAUACCAUACACCAGCUCCGAUCGAUCUGUUGUUAGGCUCGGAUAUCCUCGGACAGGUUUUAGAUGGGUCUAAAGUCUCAUUGGGGCCCGGCAGGCCAAUAGCCUUCGGCACGAUAUUUGAUUUUACAUUGUUAGGACCCAUACACGAUUUGUAUACUGCUCCUGUAAGCAAAACUGAAUCGGCUCACAUUGUCAGCGCACAACCAGAACUCGAGGUAUCUACACAUGACAUUCGCAAGAGCCUUGAGAAGUUCUGGGAAUCUGAAGAGCCCCAACUUCAUGUUGAAACUACCCCUUUGCAAGAUCAGUGUGAAGAAAUAUUCCGCACUACCACUACUCGUAAACCCUCAGGUCAAUAUACGGUAACUUUACCCUUUUUACAUAAUAUGCCCGAACUAGGAAGUACCCAUGCCAUAGCAUUGCGCAGGUUUCUUAAUCUUGAAAAGAAGUUACAAGCUGACCCAUAUCUCCGUGUGAAAUACAUUGAUUUCAUGGCAGAUUAUCAGAAGCUGGGUCACAUGUCCCCAUGCCACCCGAGUACAUUUGCUCAUAAACCUCACUUCUAUAUCCCUCAUCAUGGCAUCUUCAAGUCGGGAUCAGACAAGCUACGCACUGUUUUUGAUGGUAGCUGUUCGAAACCAAUCCGUUAG